UGUGGCCAUGGCUUCCAAAUGCCUCAAGGCCAGCUUCUCCUCAGGAUCUCUGAAGAGCCCAGGGAAAGCUGGAGGAGGAUCCACUCGCGUGUCCAGCAUGUACUCCAGUAGCUCUUGCAAGCUGACCAGUCCUUCCCGGGGACCUCGGAGUUUCUCUGUGUGUUCUGCCGGCUUGGGUAGAGGCAAUUACAGGGUAUCCAGCUGCCUCCCAGCUCUCUGCCUUCCAACAGGAGGCUUUACCACCAGCUACGGCAUGGGUGGAGGUUGGUUUGGAGAAGGCAUCCUCACCGGCAAUGAGAAGGAGACCAUGCAGUCCCUGAAUGACCGCCUGGCCAGCUAUCUGGAGAAGGUGCGUCAGCUGGAGCAGGAGAACGCCAGCCUGGAGAGCCGGAUUCGGGAGUGGUGUGAGCAGCAAGUGCCCUAUAUGUGCCCCGAUUACCAGUCUUACUUCCGGACCAUGGAGGAGCUCCAGAAGAAGACUCUUUGCAGCAAGGCAGAGAACGCCAGGCUGGUGGUGCAGAUUGACAAUGCCAAGCUGGCUGCUGAUGACUUCCGGACCAAGUAUGAGACAGAGGUUUCCCUGCGGCAGCUGGUGGAGGCUGACAUCAAUGGUCUACGCAGGAUCCUGGAUGAUCUGACUCUGUGCAAGGCUGACCUGGAAGCUCAGGUGGAGUCUCUGAAGGAAGAGUUGCUCUGCCUCAAGAAAAACCAUGAGGAGGAAGUGAACUCACUGCGCUGCCAGCUCGGCGAUCGACUCAAUGUUGAGGUGGACGCUGCUCCACCGGUUGAUCUGAACCGUGUUCUGGAUGAGAUGAGGUGCCAGUAUGAGACCUUGGUGGAGAAUAACCGGAGGGAUGCAGAAGACUGGUAUGACACCCAGACUGAGGAAUUGAACCAGCAGGUCGUGUCCAGCUCAGAGCAGUUGCAGUCCUGCCAGUCAGAGAUCAUUGAGUUGAGACGCACUGUCAACUCCCUGGAGAUCGAGCUGCAGGCCCAGCAGAGCAUGAGAGAUGCUUUGGACUCCACCCUGGCAGAGACAGAAGCCCGUUACGGCUCUCAGCUGGCCCAGAUGCAGUGCAUGAUUGGCAACGUGGAGUCCCAGCUUGGUGAGAUCCGGGCUGACCUGGAGCGUCAGAACCAGGAGUACCAGGUGCUGCUGGAUGUCCGGGCCAGGCUGGAGUGUGAGAUCAACACAUACAGGGGUCUUCUGGAGAGUGAGGACAGCAAGCUUCCCUGCAACCCGUGUGCCCCUGACUACUCACCCUCCAAGUCAUGCCUCCCCUGCCUUCCUGCGGUCUCCUGCAGCACGAGCACAGCUCGAAACAUCUGCAGUCCCCGCCCUGUCUGUGUGCCCUGCCCAGGGGGCCGGUUCUGAGAGCAAAAUAUCCAGAGGGUCAAGGCCAUUGCCUCCAGGGCUCUGACACAGCCUCUAGUCAAUCUGACUGUUACAGCACACAUCUCUCUGUUCAUGCUGGGCCCAUGCUCAGUCCCUGAGAGGGUUCUCUGCAAAUAAAUGUCUUGAAGUUUCUUUGAUCCUGCCAACUAGGGCUGGUUACUCUUCGGGCCUUGACUCAUCAUUUCAAUGGGCUUCAGGGUCUCUGUUCUGGGCCUGCUCCUUUCUUUCUGAGUGUGUUUUCCUAGGUUCUGAAAUUCAAUACAGUAUAUCUGAGGGUGGGGCAAUAAAGCCAUUUGCUAUGGUUCCCA